AUGUUAGUACUAAAGUCUAAUUCUGUGCGGAACCAGCUUACUAACGACCCAAAGUUCUUCAUGUUUGGCCUGUUUCUUCCACUACUUUGGCUCUUCAAUGUAGCUAUCAUGUUGACCAUGAUGACCCAAUACAAACAAGCGGCUCAGUACUCUGAGGAAGCCUGUUACUCUGAGCGGGAACGGGAUAAUGAGAUGUUUCAACCUCUCAGGGAAAGUGUUGAUUUGGAAGCGAUUAUAAAAACUGAGGUCCUCGAUUACACUUAUCUGAGAACAGUGAAGCACAGAGAUGAUUCAUCACACACGUACCAUGAUGAGAUCUACAAGCACAUUUCUCGGUACGGCUACAUGUCGUCUCUGGGGUUGAGCAUCUAUCUUGUGUUUGGGAUUGGCCUUUAUCUUGUUCUAUGUCAAUCAAACUACUGA